AUGUCGUCUGACAAGAUCCAGAGUGGAGAGGAAGCUUCACGGAGGCGUCUUCUGGGGAGAGGACGUGGCAUGUGGGUGGGAGUAAUUGGCUUAGUGGGAAUAUCUCUUCUCCUCCUUGGAGGGGGAUUUUGGGUCGUAAAGUCAAUAACUAACCUGGGAAUGGCAAAUAAUGAUGUGUCCCUAAAAAUCACUUCUGAAGAAAUCCUGAUUUCCCCAGGUCCAGUCACUACCACAUGUGCUGGAUGCUUUAACAAAUUGUUAUUAGAAGAAGCCAGGAAAACUCCCCCUGGCGCCCCCAGUGAGGAAUUUACGGAGGAACCAGAGGAAGCUGAGCUCACGCAGCCGCCUACGUUCCAGUGCCCGGCCUGUGAGUGCAGGAUUAGUCGAGGACAGGAAAAAGGCCAUCGCCCCUCGCCUACUGCACAAGGACCACCCUGGUCUUCAGAGCCUGCGAGUGAAGACAGCAAAUACCUGCCUUUUCAAGAGCUUCGACAGUGCCAAAGGAGGCAGCGCCAGCAGCAGCACCGCAGAAUCCAUUCCAACAAAAGACUUCCCUCAAAGUGUGAUGGUAUUUCAAGAUGGGCCUUUGGGGGCGAAUUAGGGCUGGAUGAGGUCAUGAAAGAGGGGCCUUGUGACCGAAUCCAUGACCUUACAAGAAGAAACAACAAAAGGGGUGCUACAUCCGUUGUGUACAGAUGCAAACAGAAGGGGACUCAGAAGCCUUAUGCUCUCAAAGUGUUAAAGAAAACAGUGGACAAAAAAAUCGUGAGAACUGAGAUAGGAGUUCUACUUCGCCUCUCACAUCCGAACAUUAUAAAACUUAAAGAGAUAUUUGAAACUCCCACAGAAAUCAGUCUGGUCCUAGAACUCGUCACAGGAGGAGAGCUGUUUGACAGGAUUGUGGAAAAGGGGUAUUACAGUGAACGAGAUGCUGCAGAUGCUGUUAAACAAAUCCUGGAGGCUGUUGCUUACCUCCAUGAAAAUGGGAUUGUCCAUCGUGAUCUCAAACCAGAGAAUCUUCUCUAUGCAACUCCAGCCCCAGAUGCACCACUCAAAAUUGCUGAUUUUGGACUCUCCAAAAUUGUGGAACAUCAAGUGCUCAUGAAGACGGUGUGUGGAACGCCAGGGUAUUGUGCACCUGAAAUUCUUAGAGGCUGCGCCUACGGACCUGAGGUGGACAUGUGGUCUGUAGGGAUAAUCACCUACAUCCUACUUUGUGGGUUUGAACCGUUCUACGACGAAAGAGGCGAUCAGUUCAUGUUCAGGAGGAUUCUGAAUUGUGAAUAUUACUUUAUCUCCCCCUGGUGGGAUGAAGUAUCUCUAAAUGCCAAGGACUUGGUCAGAAAAUUAAUUGUCUUGGAUCCUAAGAAACGUCUGACUACCUUCCAAGCUCUCCAGCACCCAUGGGUCACAGGUAAAGCAGCCAAUUUUGUACACAUGGAUACUGCUCAAAAGAAGCUCCAAGAAUUCAACGCCCGGCGCAAGCUUAAGGCGGCGGUGAAGGCCGUGGUGGCCUCGUCGCGGCUGGGCAGUGCCAGCAGUAGCCAUAGCGGCCUCCAGGAGGGCCACAAGGCCGGCCAAGAGCCAUGCCCCGUCCAAGGCGGCGGCGAAGCUGUCGGCGCCGCUCCAGAGAAGGAAGUUCCAGGGGACGGGGCCCAGAUGGCCGUCGAGAGGCCGGAGGCCGGGCCCACGGAGGCGCCGUCCUCGGAGCGAGUCCAAGAGGCCGAUGCGAAUGCUGCCGAGGCGCCGGAGGACGGGACAGAGGUGGCAGCCCCAGAAGGAGAGGAGGAGGAGGAGGGGGAGGAGGAGCUGAAGACUGUGACGGAAGCAGCGGCCCCCCAGAAAGGGCAAGACGACCCUGCUCUGGGCUUUGGGGCUCAGCAGAAUGACGGGGUCCUGCCAGAGAACUAAGCGGGCUCCCGUCCGCUUUGGAAGCCGGACCCUGGACGCAUUCGGUCGUCAGCCAGGAAGGUGUGGAAGCAUGAGAUGCGCUAUAGUGAUUGUUUUUGAGGUGCAAAAAAUACAUAUAUAUCAGUUGGUAAUCCUAACUUCCAUGCAUGUGACUGCUUUAUGAAAAAUAGUGUCUUCUAUGGUAUUAAUGGAUACCUAAUACCGAUGAGUUAAAUUUAAAAUUACAAGUAAACACAACAUUUAAAAACAUGCAUUUUUCAGGGACCAGUAGCACACAUUUGAAGUAAAUAUUAACAAAUGGUUUUUGCUUUGAAAACCUAACCAUCCUAUACCCUUUGGAAAUUUAUCAUCUCAUCCCUUUGGACUGUUCCUCAGCUAGUACUAAGUAGUGCUCUCAGAUGUGUUCCUAUGACAUUUGCAUUUUAAUUAUCACCAAUGUGUUCAAAUUGUUUACAAGGAGAUGGUUAUAUGUUAUAGUUGUAUGGUAUGUGCAAAAAAACCUCCACAGAUCCGCAGUGGCAAGAAAUUGAAGCACACUUUAAGGGCCAUGAAACUACAUGCUCCAAAGCUUUUGUGGAGAAUGCUUUUUUAUUUUGCCCUUACUAUAUUACUAAUAACCGAACAUGUUCUGUCAUAAAAUUCUGCCAUUUUACAAUCCUGGGGAAAGUAUUUUACAAAUUGGUUCUUCACCUGUUCUCUAUUGAGAUGUCCUUUGGAUGGACAACACUUAGGGGGCAGUAAAGAAUUUUAGGGAAGAAAGGGAGAUAAGACCAGGACUUAGAAUAACAAAGGUUGGCUCCUUGUUAUUUUUCAGGUAAAGCUGGGUUUAUUAAAUGAGUGUGUACAACUUUCAAGGUAGGAGCAUUGUUAUGGAUAAACUUCAUAAUUACCAAGUUUCAAAUAUUUAGAAAUAUCUACCCUACAGGUGGUGCCAAACUGAAUAGAGUGGGAAUAGUAUUCCAUUAAAAGAUCAUUCAUUAUUGACUUUACUAGAAUAAGGAAACAUUUUUGUUUAUAAAGUCUCCCCCUCCCCCCUUCAACUGAUGGUUAUUUAGAUAUACUGUUUAUAAACUAGAGAUAUUUCUGAAAAGCUAGUAUAUCUUUUUCUCACACUUGGAAUGAAGUGCCCACAUUUUGCAAUGUAGUUUUGAAAGUGUUCAUGUCAGUUUAGGACAGUGCAACUUUUUAUUUCUCUUAAUACACAAAAACAAAAAACAAAACAAAGGAAGAACAUUGAUUUUAAAUCAGACUUGAGAAGGUGUAACAUUAGACUUUACUAGGAUUUUAUUCCAAAGUAUAUUUCUUUGAUUUUCAUAUGAACACUUUCCCUGUAUAGAAAUCACACUUAAAUUACAAGUACCUCAGAUUUAUUUCUAGUUUAAAAUGAACAUUUUUAUGAAAUUAAUUAUGUAUCACAUUUCUAGUACAUUUUCUUAAUUUCAAAGAAGAAUUCUAUUCAAAGUACAAAAUGGUAGACAAUAAAAAUGACUAUCACAUAAAAAUCCUCAUUGAAAAAAAGAGAUCUUAAAAAAUUAUUUUGGCGCUCCCUCAAAACCAUUAAAUUGAACAAUGAAAUGAAAGGUCUAGUUUCUGGGGUGAUCGGACCUUGGUAGACAUUCGGCUUUCCAAGCACAGAUCUUCCUUCAGUGCUCUUCUCCUGAGAAGAAAACAAGGUAGGAUUUCUCGACUUCCAUAGCUUAGGGGCCUGACAGGUCACUGGCAUGGAGGAAAUAGCCCUUAAGUGAGGGCUCAGAGAAAGACUACUUUUUGUUUUAUUUUGUUUUUAUUAACUAGUAGAGAGUACUUCUCCUCCUCUCUAUUUCUUCUCUUUCUGCUUUAUUCUCUCUCAAAAUUCCCAUUUCAGCUAUGAUAAAGGGCUCACUGUUUUUAAUCUUUAAGGAUGCCUUUUUUACUAAGCAUUAAGAUUUCCAUUGUAAAAGAUCAAUUGCCUAAUGUACUUUUCUCAGUGAGACUUAACAGGUAUAUACAGUAAAUGUCCCAUGUAUUACAGAUGGGAAGAAGAGAGGGAAAGGGAUUUUAUUAGACAGUGGCAUGAGUCAGAAGAUCAGAAUAUAUCAUCGCUCCCAGUCCGCCCAUAUUGCUCAAGGGCCGAUAUAUCACCCAACACGCAGGGCUGACUUCGGUGGUUGGCCCUACAGGCGGCAGGAACAGCACUGGAAAUGCCCGGGCCAGCGUGUGUGUAAGGGUUUGACCCAUUAAAAUGAGUGCACGUACCUAUUCCUUGAUGAAUACUUGAGGGUGUGAAGGUAAUUUACUUUUUUUUUUUAAUCGGUAAAUUGCACUCUCUAAAAAUCAAUGGGAGUUGUACAUUUUGACUUGUAUGUUAAAGAUUAAGUCCUGAUAAUGCCUAAAUAGUGGCUGAUUUAGUUAUUUCAGUGGAAAACAAGUCAAGCUUUCAUAAAAAUGUGUUCAUUCAGCCAAGAGAUUCAAUCUAAGAGUUCAUAGAAAUACAACCUAAGUUGGGGUAACUGGGUUAACAUUUUGAAAGAACAGCAAACAUUGAUAUUACUUGUUGAAAUGGGAUAUAUUAUCUCUCUCAAAGAUUACUUAGCUAAAUAAUGGCAGAUAGAGCUUUACUCUGACGAACUACUUCAUAAUGUUACCCCUAUUUAACAAUAUAGUCAAAUUAUAUUUAAAGCAAAAGAAUUACGGGAAUUUCAGCAAAGAACAAUAAAUUAUGUUUUGCACUUUAGAGCUGAUAAUUAUCAUAGUCCAUCACUGAUUUUUGUUUUCAGGUACGUUCAGAUGCAUAGCAUAACUUAGACUAUUUACCAUGAAGGACAAUCUUGAUCUCCCCCAUUUGAAAACCUAAUUGGAACCCCAGUGAUUUUUCUCAGACUGUAAGCAUUGAUUCGUUUCAUGAAUGCAUAAAUAAUGUAGAAGUUAGAAUUAUAUGGUUGAAGAAAUUAUCUAGAACAAGUGCUGUCUAAUAUAAAUAUGAUACAAGCCACACGUGUAAUUUAAAAUUUUCUCUUAACCACAUUAAAAACACACAAAAAAUAUUAGGCAACAGUAACUGUAUAUUUUAAUCCAAACUAUUAUUCUAGCAUAUCAUCAAUAUGAAAAAAUAUUUUAAUUUUUUUAUUUUUAUACUGUUUUGAAAAGCAGUAUAUGUUACUAACCCCUUUAGUAAAUCAAAUGCUCAAUAGUCACGUGACUAGUGGCUACAAAAUUGAAACAGUGCCCUUCUAGAGUAUUUUCUAAGCAAAAUGACACCUGAAUUUCUGUGCUUAGAUUAGAGCUGCCUCAGUUUCCCACGCUGAUGAGUUGGUAGGAGGCCAAAAGGGAAAUGUGUCAGAUACUCAUAGACUGAAAUAAGUAAAAAUUCUCCUGGCCACGUCCGCUUAGGCACACGCUUCAGAGGAGUGUUUCCCAGCAUGACUCUGAGAGAACAGCACUCUUCUGGACAUUGUUAGUUGUUGGCCACAGUCCCUCCGAUCGCUCUGGCCCUGGAAUCUUGACUACAGGCUGGUCUCUCCUGAGCACAGCCGCGAAGCUCUUAGUAUUCUCCUGCACCCGUAUUUACCGUGGGCGAACCAGGUGUCCGCAGUCAGGAAGGACCGCACACAGAAUCUUAAUAGGAUUUUGUAGGCCUGGGCCAGGCUGGCACCAUCCUCGUGUUGCAGACAAGAGCCCUUUCUAAAAAUCUAUGAAAACAUACGAAAUUUGCAUGAGGAAGAUUCCACGGCGAGGACGAUCAGCCCCCAAGUGUGCAUAUGACCAUCGGCUGGCAUUUUUCAGAUUUUCUUCGAAGGGUUUAAUCAACACUGCCAUUACACAUUGAUUCAAAAGACUUUUGGAUAUUUCUUACAUACUGCUAUUUUAGAAUAAUCCUCAAGGUUCUAUAGCCAUUUUUAGUGGCAGACUUAAAAAGAAAGAGCAGUUUGCCUUAUACUGUGACCUCAAUUACAUAACAUUUUAAACACAUUUUCUAACUUAGAAUGUCUAGCAUUCCCUAUUCCAGUUUCACAUGCAAGGUAACCGUCUGGGUUGCCCACACACUGAAGAUCUAGAGAGAGCCAUUUUGUUUCAUAAUUCAGUAUUUUUUUCGCAGAAGCAUCUGGUUGCAUUUCAAAUUCAUAAGAAAGAAAGAAAAAAAAGUAAAUGCCAGAAAAGGCAAAGAAUAAAAUUAGUAAACCAUUUAUUCUGUUUUAAGAUUGUUCUUGCAAAGCAAAUGCAAAAAAGAAAAAAGCAAAUGAAGUGAAUCAGCACUAGGAUUUUCUUGAUGGUUAACUCCACAUAUAAUUGACAUAAAUACACUGAGCAGAGUCAAUUACAUAAUUACAAUGCCAUUAUGUAAUUUACUUGUCAUUGCAGAGUAUUCAGUAUACUAUUUUAGAUGGUGCAAAGUUUCCAGACAUUUACCUAUAUAAUAGGAUUUGUAAUAUCCUUGUAAUUACUGCAUAUUAGGUCAUAUUCUCAUUUUCUGAAUGCUCAUCACUGGUAUGUUCCUGAUCAGGGUCAUGGUUAACAUCUACUCACUUACUGGUUAAAUACUGUGCAAUGGUUAGACUCUGUGUUCGUGUCUUCAGUGUUUUUUAAACACUUACGCACAUAAAAUCUCAGUGUUGGUAUUAUAUUCAUAACCACAUGAUAAGCAGAAAUGUACCCAAUAAUUUUCUGUCAUUUUGUUCAAAGUCCUAUUCCUCCCUUGGCACAACUCAGGGGAAUUUUCUGCUUCCAUGACAAAUAGAAAAAAUAAAAAUGACCAUAGGAGAGAUAUCAGCUACCCACCCAUAGUAACCAAGUUCAGCAUUUUCUCUCCCUAUAUUCUGAUCUAUUAAGGACUAGGUUUUGUCAUUAUUACACCUUUCAGAAGUCACCUGAGAUCAGAUCAUCUCAGCUCACAAAGUCCAACCAUUUAUAAUCUUACCUUGGAGAGCAAUAACAAGCUUGACUAAUCUAUGCUUCCUUGUUUAAAAUUCCAAUUUUCAUAAAUGUGUGUGAUGUACUUGAGGAUUUGACUGCUUGAUUUUUAACUUCCUUCUAUACUCAGCUUUUCCUCUGUCACCUGGUCCCGAGGUCCACUUAGGGCAGGAUGCAAGUCUUCCCAUGACAGCGGGCCAUCUGACUCCUUCGCAGGAAUCAGACAUUGCUCUAGAGAAGACUCCAGGCAUCUGACCUGGUUGAGCUCAAAUGAGCCAAAUGGAAGGAGAUCUCUUGCCAUGCUCUGAUUGAAAGCGAUACUGUUUGAAUAUUGGUAUAUUGCCAUUACUCAGUAAUGGAAAAUGGGAUUCCACCAAUCCUUUGCUCUUCCCAGUGUCUUGGUUUGCUACCACUUGUCCCAGAUCUUUGUUGUGUUCCAUGUGUCUGGCCAUCAGGCUGUCCUCUAGGACUGUGAGAUCCUCUCUAAAACCCUGACAAGAGCAUCCCACACUGGCUGCAGAAACUGCGGGGCCCUAGGUAGCCCGGAAUUUAGUUUGAAACUAAACGGCAGUGCCAAGACUGCAGGAUCACACUGUUCUUCUUAAUAAUUGUUUCCAGCAUAUUUUGAAGAAAUUUCGAUAUGGACAUCUCAACUUGGAAAAACCCAUGGAUAUGGAAUAUUUAUAUCCAUGGAAUCUUUGCUAUGAUUCAUUGUAUUAAAAAAUGACAGUUUGUUUCAUUCAGAUUAAACAAUAAUCUUUAUUGUCCAUUUAAAAGAUUAUUUCAAGUUACUCAAAUGCAAUAGGGUUCAUGUUAAAGUUUUUGACAGUUGUUUUCCCUAAGUACUCUAGCUCUGACAGUCAGUUGUGGAUAAAAAUUAACUGGAUUUGUUCUUCGUUUUUUCCUUGGUACACGUAUAGAAGUUAAUCUGGUUUGUAAAGGAUACAAGCAAGUAUGACUAUAAAUUGAAAACUGUCAUCUCCUAACUGCCUGCUCUAACCUGAGCUGUUUUAUAGCCUAUCAUGCAGCUAAAAUGCAGCAGCAUAGGGUACCGAUAGCAUAUUCAUGAGUGACAAUUUCAUUUUUAUUGUCAAGGUUAUUAUUUUUGUUGGAAGUUCCUAAGGUGAUUCUGUUCAUGUACCUGGUCUCAGUAAUAUUUUCAUGGUCCCCCUAAAGCCAAAAGAAUUACCUAACAUGGCCAUUGAUUAAGUAGUUAGGCCCAAAUAACAUAAUAAUACCACUGCACUCGAUGUGUAACAGAUGUUACUGUGUUUCCCUUGAAAUUUUAACAUUUCCUGAGUUCUCUGAGCAGGAACAGCAGACAGGGGUUUAAGUGAUUCCUUAUGUCGGAUGAACUGUGGGAAUCAGGGAAAAGGGAUUAUUAGUAAAGGAGUUAGGGGCUAAUGUUUAGACUCUUUCUUAUUUGAAUGCCAAUCAUUCCUUUAUCUAUGGUCUUUGUGAUAUACAUAUAAAAUGUAUGUGCAUUUUUUAAAAAGUAAUUUUCACAUAAUUACCCAACAAAAAAAAUUAAAUCUCCAAACAACAGUUUUGAGGAGUUAGGCAAACCAUGGUUCACAGACCAAAUCCACCAGAGCCCUGUUUUUUUGUUUUUUUAAAUAAAGUUUUAUUAGAACAUGA